CUGGAGUCGCUCUGGAUGCAAGUGAUCAACUUAAAGAAUAUAUUCUUAUUUCAAGGAUUUGUGGGUUGAAGAAAAAAAUAACAUUCAACAUUAUAUUUAAGCUUGGAUUUUAAGGGACUUGGACACAAUAACAGGAAUAUACGUCAUCCUGGGACAUGGAAUAUUACAUUUUGUUUCAAUUGGGUGGGUUCAGAAUUGCUUUAUUUACAAAGAGGCUGAUUCCUUUUGUGCUUACUCGAAAGGGUUUUUUCCCUUUGGAUUUUUCUUCCAUCUGGUUGCUACAAGAGUCUGCGGGAAGGGACAGUUGAAUGCAGCCUCCGAUGUGCACAAAAGAAUGGGUUUCCAUUCAAGGUGGCCAUUGGUGGGACCUGCACCAGUGGCUCUGAGUGUGAUCAGCAUGCUCCUUGCGUGCUUGCUGUCUCCUGCAUCAUGCACAACCUGCCCUCAAAAAUGCCGCUGUGAGGACCUGCAGUUCUACUGCGACACCCAGGGGCUUAAAGCACCACCAGACGGUGUGGACAAGGGUGCCCUGGGGUUGUCACUACGCCACAAUAGCAUCACUGAGCUCAGCCCUGAUCAAUUCUAUGGUUUCAGCCAGCUCACAUGGCUACAUCUAGACCAUAACCAGAUUACCACGGUACAAGAGGAUGCCUUUCAAGGGCUCUAUAAACUGAAGGACCUCAAUUUGAGCUCCAAUCGUAUCACCAAGUUGCCCAACACAACCUUCAUCCACCUCAUCAAUCUUCAGAUACUGGAUCUGUCCUUCAAUCAGAUGACUUCAUUGGAACCAGAACUGUUUCAUGGACUUAGGAAACUCCAGAUACUUCAUCUCCGCUCCAAUGUACUUCGUACCACACCUGUUCGGGCGUUCUGGGACUGCCGCAGUCUGGAAUAUCUGGGCCUAAGCAACAACCGACUACGGAGCCUGGCCCGAAAUGGAUUUGCUGGGCUCAUUAAGCUUAAAGAGCUCCACUUGGAACACAAUCAGCUGACCAAGAUAAACUUGGCCCAUUUCCCUCGCCUUGUUGCCCUCCAGUUUCUGUAUCUACAGUGGAAUAAAAUCAGCAAUGUAACUUGUGGCAUGGAAUGGACCUGGACUACUUUAGAGAAGCUAGACCUCACAGGGAAUGAAAUCCGUGUCCUGACUCCUGAUGUGUUUCAAACGCUGCCAAAUUUGAAAAUUUUGCUGCUGGACAACAACAAACUGAGCAGUCUGGAACCCCAAGUUUUGGAUAUGUGGCAAUCUUUAGGUACAAUUGGGUUGUCUAGCAACCUCUGGGAAUGUACCAAACGGAUUUGCUCUCUGGCCAGUUGGCUGAGCACCUUUAAGGGAAGGUGGGAACAUUCCAUUCUCUGUCAUAGUCCUGAAUAUGCCCAAGGUGAGGAGAUACUUGAUGCUGUGUACGGAUUCCAGCUUUGCCAGAAUUUCUCUGCACCAGUCAUUCAGACCGUUAGUACAACCACAGAGACUACAACAGCUGCAGAGAUCACAAGCUCCUUCUUUGGAAUUAUGCAGCCGACUGCCUCACAGGACUAUGCAGAGGAUUUUGGAAGCUUUACCACAGUCAUUACCACAACAACCACAACACAGACGCCACGCACUACUCAAGCAACUACUGCUUUGGUGGAAGAGCCAGCUGUAACAGAUGACUUCUUAGGUAUAGACAACACCGUCAUGACUCACAGGGUUAUCAUUGGAACUAUGGCCCUUCUAUUUUCAUUCUUUUUCAUCAUUUUUGUUGUGUAUAUCUCACGGAAGUGCUGCCCUCCCACAUUGAGGCGGAUACGCCACUGUUCGGCCAUUCAAAACCGCAGACAGAUGAGGACCCAGCAGCGACAGCCAAUGGCAGACCUUGCCACACAGGUACCCUAUAAUGAGUAUGAGCCCAGCCAUGAAGAAGGGGCACUUGUGAUCAUCAAUGGCUAUGGGCAGUGCAAGUGUCAGCAACUGCCUUACAAAGAGUGUGAAGUAUGAACUCUUAUUUAUUCCUAGACCAUAUGGUUUGUCAUUUGGCCAUUUCAGAUGAAACAGGGUUUACUUUUUUGAUUUUCUUUUUCCAGUUUAUGUAAAAAGCAUAAUUUCUACAAGAGAGAUUUGAGAAUAUGUGAUAAAUGUGGAAUGCUACAAAGACAGGUUGAACAGUUAUGGGAUGAUGUAGAGAUAGUCACAAAUUUAUUUUUCUAUGAAUGCAAGGUUGUUCAUAUCAACCUGGGGCAAUCAUUAAAAAAAAAAAAAACAAACAUUUUAAACUGUGAGAUUUGUCUCUACAUUGUCUAUAUUCUGCAGCACAGUUUAACUACUUUGCCAAAUGGCCCUCUGCUAACAGAGUACAUCAACUGAGGAGAUGUGAGUUGUUAUAUUUCUUCCAUAAGAUAAAUAUUUUAAACCAUAUUUUUAACUGUGCCAGAAACACUGUAAGCUAAUAUCUAAAAACACUCGGACAAAUGAAUUUGAGAAAUUGUCAGUGUUCCAUUUUACAGCUUGAUUGCUUUGGGAGAAUUAUACAUUAAAAGGGUAGAGAUUAAACCCAAACUCUAAAUUAUAGCUGUAUAAUUACGGGUUAUUACUAUAGCUAAACAUUUUCUUGCAGAGAAAAUACUGAAAUUCCAUCUCAUAAGCAUUAAACAUUUCUUUGACCAAAUGACAAAAAAAGUCCACCAGAAUUAAAAAUAUAACUUAAAGAAAACGUGCCUUUUUUUAGAAAAUUGGACUCCUUCCAAAUGUCUGUAGAAACGCAGUCAAACAUGUUUAUUGAUAAAUGCACACUUUAACGUUCAAUUAUAUUAAUUGGGAAUCUAACCAGACAUUGGCUUGGAAAUAAAAUGCUGAUUUGCAGCUGAAAGAAGGCAAUGAAUGUUUGAAUUCAUUCCCAAAAAAGGCUAACCACCACAUUCAAGUUUUUUAAUCUGUGGAACACAAUGCACUGUUCAGAUGUGGUUAAUUUUCCCUUUUAAACCAUUAAGCAAAAAUUCAUGGAUGUCAAGUACACAACUGACACACAACAAAAUGAUUACACCUUUAAUGUACAAUGAUCUGUAUAUUGAUUACCCAUUUCCCAACUGCCAUACAAGCUGUGACCAUAAUAUGUUUAAUCAACUUAACUUCCUUAUGUACAAUUUGCUCUCUUACUAUACCAGAAUCAAUAUAUAGACAAUUCCGGGUGACAUGUGACUCAUGUGUUAAGGAAUAAUGAAGAACCAAAAUGCCAGAUAAAAAUUUUCAUUCUAAAAAUAAAAGCCUCCGUGUAAUCUAUGGUCUUUACUACUUAAACACUAAUCAGGUUUGACAGGCUCAAGAUAGAACAAAUUAAGGAAAGGCAAAAGGAAUCUAAUAUUCUGUCACCCACACCAGUGAUCAAGCAACAUUUAGCACUUCCAUUGCUCUGAAAUAUUUCUAGUAUAAUCAUCCUCCACACAACUAAACCUUUUAUGUUAAGGCACUGUUUUAUGUGGAAUUGUCAUGUAAUGUCUGAGAAAAUGUAUUUAGAGUGAACGACAUACUAGAUGCUGGGUUUGGAAUAAAGAGUGUUAAACUAUACUGCAGUAAAUAACCUGAGUGCAAUCAGAGACCCAGUGAUAAGCAAACAGCAGGCUUAGGUCAAGAAACAUUUGUAUGCAGGCGGGAGUGGAGGUGCAUUAGCAUCAGACUGAAGGUGCUGCUGCAGCUUUGCACAUCUUUUUGUUCAGUUUGGUCGUGGGGGCAGGGUGAGCGAGAGUGGGCUUUAGAGGAAUUAAUACGAUGAAGAGGGGGUAUAGCUAUGGGGUAAUGUUGAGCAACCUAUUUGGAAAGAGAAGAACUGUAAAAACGUAAAUGAAUUUAUUUCAAAAAUUGAAUGAGUGAACCUUGCUGGGCUAUAUAGAAAACCCAACUAUACCCAAUUGUCAGCCAUUGAGCUAUUUAAUUGGGCUAAGAGUUCUAGUGUAAUUCCUAGUUCAAAGAAAUCAAGUCAAAUGCUUGCCCCAAGUCUAUGACAUUAUUCUUCACAAUUCCAAUUUUUUUUUCCCACCCCAACUUUUGGUCAUGCACCUCAAAAUCAGUUAAGAUUUUGAGAUGCCUCUAAUGGCAUAGAAAGUUCAAGAAACCAAUGUGAUUAUGAGUGUUUAAGAAUAACUUUGUCUGGACAAAGGCCCCUGACAGAAGGAAACAAGUCUACCAUUUGUGGCUUUGUCUAUUCAUGGAGUUAGUCAAAAUUUGGCUUCAAAGAUCUACAUGAAUGCUUGUGUGUCAGUGUGUCUUUGCAGAUCCUAAACAACACCUGUGAGAACAAAAGUUCAUACGUAAACCAAAAACUGUUAGACUUCAUGUUUGAGAUCAGUGGAAAACAAUGCAUACACUGACAUUUCAAAAGCCAAACAUCUCCCCUUUAUAAUUUUUAAUUUCCUCCAGCUUCGCCCUGCUUUUACUACUGCCCUUAUAAUCUGUCGUGCAUGUUCAAACUGAGUUGCUUUUUUUUUGUGGCAAAUUAGCAAACAUUAAUGAGAGACCUCAUUUCGAAUAAAGAAUGAGGAUGUAUAUUGAACUCAGAGUGCCAUCAAUCAUGAAAUUUCACUGUUUAAGACUACAGAUGUACCAAGAGACUGAAAUCCACAAAAUUUGUAGAAUUAUGCAUCCCUUUGCACUUUGGCUCUUUGUAAAAUGUUUUUGUUUCUUCUUGUCAUCUUCUAGCCCUUACCCAUGCAAAAAAAGAAGAAAAAAAAGAAAAAAAAAAGAGAAAAAAAAGAAAAAAAAAGGGAAAGAAAAGUUAACCAACCCUUAUUCUCUUACCCAUCCUCUUUGUGCAAAAUGAAUGCUUUUCUCUUUCCAUUUUCCUUUUGUAUUGUAAUAUGUACAAUUUCAUAUCUGUAUAGUGGAUAAGAUGUGCCAAACUGAAAAAAACAAAAACAAAAAAACAUUGUCCCCUA